CAUUUGAAAAUCGACACUGAUCCAAUCAGUUGCAUUCUGCUCCUGUUUCUCAACUCGACCUCCAGUUUACAAUCUCUUGUCGUUAGGAUCGUACGGGAUAUAGAUUUGGAUGAAGAGCGAGAUGAAGCGUCAAUUGUAUGGGUGUCAGACCUUGCCUACAGUACACCUGAGCGCCCGUUGUCAAGCCUCGAGGAAAUCGAGAUCACGGAAUACAAAGGAGGUGUACAUGAAUUCGAAAUGUUGGCAUAUUUGCUCGAGAUUGGAGUUGCACUGAAGAAGUUUACUGUGAGCGUAGUUAAUCAUGAUCUGGAGAUCGAAGAGUUUGCACGACAGCUAAAACUACUGCAACGAGGAUCUAGUGCUUGUGAAUUUCUUAUUUUACGUCAGGAAAAUUAUCGUCCAUUAUGAUAGUGAUUGAAGGUUUUGUCAUUAAUAA